GGGAGGGGGCAGCGCCAACAAAUUGGGGAGCUCGGCCCGCCGCGCUCAGGUCUCCGCUAGGAGCCGCCGCGCCCGGGACGGUGCGCCACACUCCCCGGCUCCAAGGUCCCCGCGCCGCCCUCCGCACCCCGCCGCCCUGCGCACGCCGCCAUGGGGCCCCGGCUUGGCCUCUGGCUGCUGCUGCUGCCCGUCGCCCUUCUGCUCCACGAGGAACGCAGUCGGGCCGCCGCCAAGGGCGGGUGCGAUGGCUCUGGUGGUUGUGGAAAGUGUGACUGCCAUGGAGUGAAAGGACAGAAGGGAGAGAGAGGCCUCCCGGGACUGCAGGGUGUCAUUGGGUUUCCUGGAAUGCAGGGACCUGAGGGGCCACACGGACCUCCAGGACUGAAGGGUGACACCGGAGAACCAGGGCUUCCCGGCACAAAAGGCACGCGAGGGCCCCCAGGAGCAUCCGGGUACCCUGGAAACCCAGGACUUCCGGGUAUACCCGGCCAGGAUGGUCCCCCGGGACCCCCUGGAAUCCCAGGAUGCAAUGGUACAAAGGGUGACAGAGGACCAGCUGGGCCCCCUGGCUUGCCUGGGUUCACGGGAAACCCGGGACCACCAGGACUCCCAGGGAUGAAGGGAGACCCAGGGGAGAUACUCGGCCAUGUGCCCGGCAUGCUGUUGAAAGGAGAGCGAGGGUUUCCGGGACCCCAGGGGAUGCCCGGCCCUCCUGGACAGCCAGGCCUCCAGGGACCCAUGGGCCCUCCGGGAUUUACUGGACCACCAGGUCCCCCGGGCCCUCCUGGCCCUCCAGGUGAAAAGGGACAGAUGGGUUCGAGUUUCCAGGGGCCGAAAGGUGACAAGGGUGAGCAGGGUGUCAGCGGGCCUCCUGGGGUUCCUGGCCAGGCACAGGUGCAGCAGAAAGGGGACUUCGCUCCCACAGGAGAAAAGGGUCAGAAAGGUGAACCUGGAUUUCAGGGAGUACCAGGCGUCGGGGAGAAAGGCGAACCCGGGAAGCCAGGGCCUCGAGGGAAACCUGGGAAGGACGGCGAGAAGGGGGAGCGGGGCAGUCCGGGCUUCCCUGGUGACUCAGGAUACCCAGGACUCCCAGGCCAGCCGGGCCUCAAGGGAGAGAAAGGCGAAGCCGGUCUUCCUGGCCCACCCGGGACUGUCAUAGGCACCGGGCCUCUGGGAGAAAAAGGAGAGCGUGGCUACCCGGGCGUUCCUGGGCUGAAAGGGGAGCCGGGCCCCAAAGGUUACCCCGGAAUUCAAGGCCAGCCGGGCCCCCCAGGCCUUCCCAUCCCAGGGCAGACGGGCCCUCCCGGCUUCCCCGGGGAUAGAGGAGAAAAAGGUGACCAAGGAUUGCCAGGCGUGUCUCUGCCGGGACCCAAGGGGAAGGAUGGAAUCCCAGGCCCUCCGGGUCCCCCUGGACCUCCUGGGCAGCCAGGCUACACAAAUGGCAUCGUGGAGUGCCAGCCAGGACCGCCAGGCGACCAGGGUCCCCCCGGCGCCCCAGGACAACAGGGAUUGACGGGGGAAAUCGGAGAGAAAGGCCAGAAAGGAGACAGCUGCCUCAUCUGCGACACAGAAGGACUCCGAGGCCCCCCUGGGCCACAGGGGCCCCCAGGAGAAAUCGGUUUCCCGGGACAGCCAGGGGCCAAAGGCGACAGGGGCCUGCCAGGCCGGGAUGGCGUUGAAGGGGUGCCUGGUCCCAAAGGUGCACCAGGGCUGAUAGGCCAGCCGGGAGCCAAGGGAGAGCCCGGAGAGAUCAUCUUCGACUCACGACUGAAAGGCGACAAAGGAGCCCCAGGUUUUCCAGGACAGCCCGGCCUCCCUGGAAGAGCAGGAACCCCUGGAAGAGAUGGUCACCCCGGACUUCCUGGCCCCAAAGGCUCCCCGGGCUCCAUAGGACUGAAGGGAGAACGCGGUCCCCCUGGAGAAGUUGGCUUCCCUGGCAGUCGUGGUGACAUUGGCCCCCCUGGACUUCCAGGAUUUGGUCCGAUUGGCCCCAUUGGUGACAAAGGACAAAUAGGGUUUCCUGGAAGUCCCGGGGUGCCAGGCCCACCAGGUCCGAAAGGCGAAGCAGGAAGGACCUUUCCCUUACCUGGGCCCCCUGGUGCAGAUGGGCUCCCAGGGUCUCCCGGAUUCCCAGGACCCCAAGGUGACAGAGGCUUCCCUGGGACCCCAGGACGGCCAGGCCUCCCUGGAGAGAAGGGUGCUAUGGGCCAGCCAGGAAUUGGAUUUCCAGGGCCUCCAGGCCCCAAAGGUGUGGACGGCAUACCCGGAGACAUGGGUCCUCCAGGGAUCCCAGGCCGCCCGGGAUUUAACGGCUUACCUGGCAGCCCUGGUGCACCUGGCCAGAAGGGGGAGCCUGGAGUUGGUCUUCCUGGGCUCAAAGGCCUGCCUGGUGUCCCUGGCAUUCCUGGCACCCCUGGAGAGAAAGGCAGCAUCGGGGGACCUGGUGUUCCCGGGGAGCAUGGAGCAAUUGGCCCCCCUGGGCUUCAGGGCAUCAGAGGCGAUCCUGGACCUCCUGGAGUACAGGGACCCGCAGGCCCACCUGGGGCUCCGGGACUUGGCCCCCCUGGAGCCAUGGGCCCCCCUGGAGGACCAGGACUACCAGGGUCAUCAGGUCCUCCUGGAGUAAAAGGAGAGAAGGGCUUCCCUGGAUUCCCAGGACUGGAUAUGCCCGGUCCUAAAGGAGACAAAGGGGCCCAAGGACUUCCUGGCCUAACAGGACAGUCAGGGAUGCCUGGCCCUCCUGGACAACAGGGCACACCUGGACUUCCAGGCUUCCAAGGUCCCAAGGGAGAAAUGGGUAUCAUGGGCACCCCUGGGCAGCCAGGGGCUCCAGGACCAGUGGGCGCCCCAGGAUUUCCUGGUGAAAAAGGGGAGCACGGCUUCCCAGGCUCUUCAGGACCCAGGGGAGACCCUGGCUUCAAAGGUGAAAAAGGUGAUGUCGGACUCCCUGGCAAGCCGGGGUCCAUGGAUCCAGUAGACAUGGGCACAAUGAAAGGACAGAAGGGAGACCAAGGAGAGAAAGGACAAACUGGACCCACUGGUGACAAAGGAUCCCGAGGCGAUCCUGGGACCCCCGGUGUGCCUGGCAAAGAUGGACAGGCAGGGCACCCUGGACAGCCAGGACCCAAGGGCGACCCAGGCAUAAGUGGCACACCAGGCGCACCCGGGCUGCCCGGACCUAAAGGAGCGGUUGGUGGAAUGGGCCUGCCAGGAACCCCUGGAGAAAAGGGCGUGCCUGGCAUCCCCGGCCAGCAGGGCUUCCCCGGCUCACCUGGAGAGAAAGGGGCCAAGGGAGAGAAGGGACAGGCAGGUCUGCCUGGCAUCGGGAUUCCCGGGCGGCCUGGGGACAAGGGAGACCAAGGGCUCGCGGGCUUCCCUGGUAUCCCCGGAGAGAAGGGGGAGAAGGGCAGUGCCGGGAUGCCAGGUGUGCCGGGGUCUCCGGGCCCCAAGGGGGCUCCGGGCAGCAUUGGCUACCAAGGAAGCCCGGGUUUGCCUGGGGAGAAGGGUGACAAGGGUCUUCCAGGACUGGAUGGCAUUCCUGGCGUCAAAGGAGAAGCAGGUCUCCCUGGGACACCUGGCCUCAUAGGCCCCACUGGCCAGAAGGGUGAGCCCGGCAGUGACGGCAUCCCGGGCUCGGCAGGGGAGAAGGGCGAGCCAGGUCUACCUGGACGAGGCAUCCCAGGAUUCCAAGGGGCCAAAGGAGACAAAGGCUCAAAGGGUGAAGUGGGUUUCCCCGGAUUGGCUGGGAGUCCCGGAAUUCCUGGACCCAAAGGCGAACAAGGAUUUAUGGGUCCCCCGGGGCCGCAAGGGCAGCCCGGCAUUCCUGGUGCCCCCGGCCGUGCUGUAGAGGGUCCCAAGGGAGACCGAGGACCGCAGGGACAGCCCGGCGUUCCAGGGCUUCCGGGACCCAUGGGGCCUGCAGGGCUCCCUGGGCUGGACGGACGGAAAGGGGAAAAGGGGAAUCCAGGCUGGCCAGGACCGCCUGGCGUUCCAGGGCCCAAGGGAGACCCCGGAUUCCAGGGCCUGCCGGGUAUUGGUGGCUCUCCGGGAAUCACAGGCUCCAAGGGUGAUAUGGGGCUGCCAGGAGUUCCAGGAUUCCAAGGUCAGAAAGGUCUUCCUGGUAUCCAGGGACUGAAAGGCGAUCAGGGCGAUCAAGGUGUCCCCGGCCCUAAAGGUCUUCCAGGGCCCCCUGGCCCCCCAGGUCCUUACGACGUCAUCAAAGGUGACCCAGGGCUUCCUGGCCCCGAGGGUCCCCCAGGUCUGAAAGGGCUCCAGGGACCUCCAGGACCGAAAGGGCAGCAAGGUGUGACUGGCUCAGCAGGCAUUCCUGGGCCUCCCGGAAGCCCGGGCUAUGAUGGUGCUCCUGGCCAGAAAGGAGAGACAGGUCCCUUCGGGCCACCAGGUCCCAGAGGGUUCCCCGGUCCCCCAGGGCCCGAUGGGCUGCCUGGAUCCAUGGGGCCCCCCGGCACCCCGUCUGUGGACCACGGCUUCCUGGUGACCAGGCACAGUCAGACGACAGAAGAUCCACUGUGUCCACCCGGGACCAAGGUCCUGUACCACGGCUACUCUCUGCUCUACGUGCAGGGCAAUGAACGGGCACACGGUCAGGACCUGGGCACAGCUGGCAGCUGCCUGCGCAAGUUCAGCACCAUGCCCUUCCUCUUCUGCAACAUCAACAACGUCUGCAACUUCGCCUCCCGCAACGACUACUCCUACUGGCUGUCCACGCCUGAGCCCAUGCCCAUGUCCAUGGCACCCAUCUCCGGGGAGAACAUCCGGCCCUUCAUCAGCAGGUGCGCGGUGUGUGAGGCGCCCGCCAUGGUGAUGGCUGUGCACAGUCAGACCAUCCAGAUCCCGCAGUGCCCCAGCGGCUGGUCAUCACUCUGGAUCGGCUACUCCUUCGUGAUGCACACCAGCGCGGGUGCUGAGGGCUCUGGCCAAGCCCUGGCUUCCCCCGGGUCCUGCCUGGAGGAGUUCAGGAGCGCGCCCUUCAUCGAGUGCCACGGCCGGGGGACCUGCAAUUACUAUGCCAAUGCCUACAGCUUCUGGCUCGCCACCAUCGAGAGGAACGAGAUGUUCAAGAAGCCCACGCCGUCGACCUUAAAGGCGGGAGAGCUUCGCACCCACGUGAGCCGCUGCCAAGUAUGCAUGCGAAGAACAUAGCGAGGCCGCCCAGCGCGUCACAACAUGGUGCUACCCCCUCCGCCAACGCUGCCGCCGCCGCCUCUGUGUUUAACAGCAGCGAACCCCAGAAGUAUAUCCUGUGUACCUCACUGUCCAGUAUGAAAGCGUAAAGUGCCUUGUAGGAACGUGCGAACUAACACGCCCCGCUUCCCCGGCCUCCGCUUGCUGAGGAGAAGAGAGACAGCCAUAGGCUUUCCAUAGUGGCAGCCCGACGGCACUGGUGAUAGUCGGAGACCAGUCCUGCUCCGCCGUGCGCUGGGCACGAAGCGGGGCUCCAAGGUGCUAGGGGCGCGGUGCCCCCGCCCGCCCAGCCUCCUAUGUAACAGGAAUUUUCUGCCCAGGUAGGAACGUCUCCAGGGCGUGUGUAGUGUUUCCAAAUCCAGGUUCCUUGGUCUGUGCAAAUCAUAGUGAUGUAAAAGCAAACCUCCAGAUGCCACCCGGACUUUAGAAACACCUGUCCCUCCUGGCCCCCAAAGAUGAAUUUGUCUCUCUGCUCUGUGUGGUACUACGCAGCUGCUCUGGCAGAGGUCCCAACCUUCCUGUGGAAUAAAGGUGGUCCAAAAGUAGUGAGAAAUUAAAUAUAUACAUAUUUUAGUAAUUUAUAUAGAGGUCAGCAAUUAGGCAGGUCAAACCCUAGUGUAACCUCCACUGUUGAAAUAAAGCUUACCUAGUUCUCCUCUUGCAAAGACUGUGCUGUCCUUUAACACCGAUUUUUGAACGCUCCGAUACCAAAUGUGAAACACCAGCCUUGUUCACUUCCAAACCAAAAAUCAUGCGUUGCCCAAAGCAGAUCUGGGUUGGUGCACACGGAGUCUCGGCCAAUGGAACGCGUUCUUGAGCUGACUCUGCCGGAUCCUUUCAGGGUUAAAUACUAACCACAGACUGAAUGACUUGACUUCGGAAGCGGGCACAGCCUCCCGGCGGCAGGAGCAGCCUCGCUCAGGCGCGGGAGGCCCAGAGCCCUUGCUGUCCGUUCCAGUGCUCUGGGCUGCUCCCGGAGCCGAGCGACGGGCGCAGGAGGGCGGAUUCGGACCACUAUGCUUGAAACGACAUUUCACCAAAAGUCUCCAAAACUGUUUCAAGACUACUAAGGCCUUUCCUGUAAUUUCUUUACAUGUGUAUUUCUUAAAAAUUCAAAUUUGUAAUAAAACUAUUUGUAUAAAAACAAA